GCAAAUUUACUGCCGUGUGAACGUCACGUGGUUAAACAGGUUGAACUUGCCUAGGUUUCAACAGCACAGAUGCACUUGCAGCACAAGAAAUUACUUACGGAAGUAAAUGUAUGUCUGCUUUCCUGCAGCAUAAAGGAUUUAUUUUUCCCUAAAGAAUUGAUGAUCUUUAACAAAGUCACCUGAGUUUAAAGCCUGCCUUAAAUUUUAUGGUUUAUCCCAUCCACCUGCAGAGACACUAACAUGAACAAUCAAAAGUUAAUGAGGUUAAUCAUCGGUGGGUUGGUGAUUGUUGCCAUGGGGAAAUUUAUCUUUAGCCCAAGCAAAGGCACAAGUGGAAAGACACACCAAAUCAUACAAAGUAGUAAGUUCUGGGCUGACCAGCGUGUCCCGCAGCUGAAUUUGGAUGAAUAUCAGGAAGAUCCUGUCAAAAAAGAACAUACAGACGGCCCAGUGGUUCAGCCAGAGAAAAAAAACACGAUCCAAUCAAAGCAAGAGGAGUUUGAGCCAGACGUUUCUGACAAUACACAGACCGAUCCACUAAAGAUUGUACACUUGGAUCUGAAAGGUGCAGCACCCAAAGUCACAUACCUAAAAGAGAUAUUCCCUCUACUGUCAUCUCUGGGUGCUAAUGGGAUAUUGCUGGAAUAUGAGGACAUGUUUCCCUAUGAGGGGGAGCUCGCAAUUCUCAAAUCGGGCUUUGCGUACAGUCCGGAAGAUAUUGAGGAAAUUAAGUCACUUGCCAAACAGCACAAGCUUGAACUAAUUCCUCUUGUGCAGGUGUUCGGACACAUGGAGUUUGUGUUAAAACACAAGAAGUAUUUCAAAUUGAGAGAAGUGGAAAAUUUUCCCAAUAGCCUAAACCCUCUGGCCCCAGAAAGCAUGGAACUUGUUCAGGACAUGUUAACUCAAGUUAUGAAGAAGCACCAGGAAGCACGGUGGUUCCACAUUGGAGCUGACGAGGUGCGUGGCCUGGGCGAAAGCGAAGAUUCGAAGCGCUGGCUGGAGGCCAACAAUGGAGACAUGGGAAGGCUGUACCUCAAUCAUGUGACCGCAGUGGGGAAAUUUAUGACCAAACUGAAGCGAGGAAUCAAGCUGAUCUUGUGGGAUGACAUGUUUAGGAAGUCCAGCACCAAAUCUAUCAAAGAAUCAGGUUUGCAAGAUUUUGCAUCGCCAAUGAUAUGGGAGUACACCCAAAACAUGAACGUGAAGGAGAUCGGUAACUAUAUCUCUAAGUAUGAGGAGGCUGGAUUUCAGGGCGUGUGGUUUGCUAGUGCUUUUAAAGGAGCCUCUGGAAUUGACCAGACAUGGACUCCAAUCACUCACCAUUUAAAAAACCACCUGCAGUGGCAAGAAGUCAUUACAUCCAUGCCACAGUACAAGUCUGUGAGAUUCCAUGGCAUUGUGCUGACUGGCUGGCAGAGGUAUGAGCAUCACACUGUGCUGUGUGAGCUUCUCCCGGUGGGCAUCCCUUCUCUGGCUGUCUGUCUUCAGACACUAAAAUAUGGUUCAUUUGAUGCCAAGGCACAGAGUGAAGUGCAACGCAUUCUUGGCUGUGAAAUUGAGCUGAGCAAAAAUGAGUGUAAGGGUGUAUCCUUUCCUGGCUCAGAUGUUUAUGAAAUGGUGAAGAAGAUCAACGACAACCUUGAGAGUUCAGUCAAAAAGAUCAUGCAAAGCUACCAUUUCAGGGGAUCAUUUAGUUCUUAUCAUCGCAAACACAACUUUGCAAACCCUCGUAAUCUUGGAUUUUUCAAAGAUGAACUGAAAAAAUUGAUGAAUGAAUGGGAUUCCUUUUUAAAAACUUUCCAGCAAAUUAUGGAAGCCGUCUUCUACCCAGACACAGUAGAAGAGUGGUUGGAAGAGAACGUCAACGAACACCUAGAAAGACUUAAUGAAAUGGUGGUUGACGUAGAACGAAUCAUUAAACUCAAUGGACAGCCAAAGGUUGAAGCCUUGUUAACUAGGUGAAACGGACAAGCGGACCAACAGGGGGGUAUAUUCCAAAAUGUGACUUUCAAACCUGUCGUGCUCUCAGUAACAGGUGUUUUUUCCACUUCAGGGAUCCUGCUUAUUUCCUGAAGGCUUCGCUGGUAGUGGUAAUAACAUUAAAAGUAGUACUCUAAAAAAGUACUGUAAUUACACUAUGCAUGCACUUCUUGAAGAAGUGGACACUGUGCAUUGAUGCGUUUUUUGUGUGUUUUUGCAUGUGUACUUAGUAGUUUGUGUAAAUCAUUUGCCUUUCCAGUUAAAUUGGUACAGCUCUUUUUUUUAUUUAUUAAAUGUCUACACCGUGUCCUAACCAGACGCGAUGCGAUAAGAUUCCAGCGACAAAUAAUUUGUCUGUCCACACCAUAGACUGUAAAAAAAGAUGGACGACUCCCCUUCGCUCUCAUCCAUUGGUGAGAACCAU